ACUCUCUUGCACAAGCCACUAAGCCACCACCACUCCACCACUAAAGAAGUGCAGGCAGCUAGCUAGCUAACCAUGGCCGCCUCUGCUUCUUGCAUUUCACUGGUGGUGCUCGUGGCUCUGGCCACGGUGGCGUCGGCGCAGCUGUCGCCGACGUUCUACGACACGUCGUGCCCCAGGGCCCUGGCCACCAUCAAGAGCGGCGUCAUGGCCGCCGUGAGCAGCGACCCUCGGAUGGGCGCGUCGCUGCUCCGGCUGCACUUCCACGACUGCUUCGUCCAAGGCUGUGACGCGUCUGUUCUGCUGUCUGGCAUGGAACAAAACGCUAUCCCGAACAACGGGUCACUGCGGGGUUUCGGCGUCAUCGACAGCAUCAAGACACAGAUCGAGGCCAUCUGCGCCCAGACCGUCUCCUGCGCCGACAUCCUCACCGUCGCUGCCCGUGACUCCGUCGUCGCCCUCGGAGGGCCAUCAUGGACAGUCCCUCUGGGAAGAAGGGAUUCCAUAGAUGCAAACGAGGCGGCGGCAAACAGCGACCUCCCAGGCCCUACAUCUAGCCGGUCAGAUCUUGAGCUGGCAUUCAGCAACAAGGGCCUCCUUACGGUCGACAUGGUGGCCCUCUCCGGCGCGCACACCAUCGGCCAGGCGCAGUGCGGGACCUUCAAGGACAGGAUCUACAACGAGACUAACAUCGACACGACCUUCGCCACAUCUCUCCGGGCCAACUGCCCCCGGUCCAACGGUGACGGCAGCCUGGCGAACCUGGACACGACCACGGCCAACACGUUCGACAACGCCUACUACACCAACCUCAUGUCACAGAAGGGGCUCCUGCACUCGGACCAGGUGCUGUUCAACAACGACACCACCGACAACACCGUCCGGAACUUCGCGUCCAACCCGGCGGCGUUCAGCAGCGCGUUCACGACGGCCAUGAUCAAGAUGGGCAACAUCGCGCCGAAGACGGGGACGCAAGGGCAGAUCAGGCUUAGCUGCUCCAGGGUGAACUCGUGAUUGAAUGACGAGCUACUACCUAAUAGUCGGCAGCGCUCGCCAGCACGACACCUGAUGAAUGAAUAAGGCCACAGAACCAAUGGCCAAUAUAAAUACCAGCACUUGAAAUGUGUAUUUUAUGUACGAGCAGCAGCAAAUCAUGCAUGCAUCCACAUAUUGUGUAACGAUCGAAUUCCCACUUUCUAAUGCAAAGGCAUGGAGAAUUACUAUCAA